AUGGCACACAUUCCCCCUCUGGAGGACGGAGGCACGCAUUGUCACGUUUCUACCUGUGAAUGGCUCCACUUAUCCAAUCUCACUGCAUUACAAAAUGUCCCACAACUACGUCCAAAUCCCGAAUUAUCUGGUAUAGGUGUGGUGCUUGGUUUCUCCAUAUCAGCAUACCUCACAAUAGCCCUGCUCAUGCUCCACUACCUCACAGUGCAUGACUUUGAACGCAUUAAUUCCAGGGGAGACAAAUAUGUGAAUUCGAUUGAUCGCGGGAUCCUCACUUUUGUCCGUGGACGCAUCAUUUUAUGGAAGCCAAGCAAGCGGUUCGAAUAUGCCAUGGAGAAGUCAGUUUUGAUCCUUAGCGACUUGAAUCUUGUCACUGGCAUCGGCCUUCUCAUCGCAGCUUAUUCACAAGUCCGCUGUGGUCUCUCUGCUUAUCACUGGCAAAUUAUGGUCUUUGAAGCUUGGUUCGCAAGUUUCUCUUUCGUCUCAGCCAUGACUUUUCUCGAUGGCUACCUGCAGUCAAACAGAAACAUGCGAAUUAUCCGCGUUGUUUCAAUCUGCAUCCUUGGCACACUUUUGAUUGCUGCACUGCUUCCCACAGGCUCCAAAAUGUGGCUCAAUCAAUAUCCUAACGAUGGCCAAGGAUUUUACCCCAGUCUCAGUACUGCGUGUUUCUACAAGGAACUAACCAUGAAGGAAUUCCGCAGCCGGUCGCCAAAACUGUGGUCCAUGGCAUUCUCGGUCGUGGUCGUUGCAGUCUCUUAUGUGCGUUGCAUCUUUCGGUUAUUCGAACCAAUUGCAGGAUUGUCGCGCAAGUACAUUCGUCAAUGGCCUGGGUCCAAGGUCAAGCAUACGCUGCACUUUCUCGAACGGAGAUCCACUAGUCGGAGGCUACCUGCAUAUUUAUGGCAAGUACCGUACCUGGCCUUUUAUUCUGCGUUCAUUGCUGCGCGCGCUUUCUACGAUAUUGCUGAAUCCAUGCUGCUAGAGAUCAUGUGGCUGGUAUUCGCAAUGGCGUGGGGCACUAUUAAGAUAUGGACAACAAGAGACUCGGCAAAUUACAACUUCGAUGGAUGGAAUUAUACGGAGAACCAUGAAAUCUUGGAAGAGAACGUUUGGUCAUUUGGCCAAACUCUGCCACUCGUUCUUCUCCUCCUGCCAUUGUUGUCCAUGGCUCAAGCCUAUCUUGACAACGACGCAAAGGCACUCGAGACGGCCCAUCAAUCGCAAAGAAUUGAAGAUGGGUGCAGUUCGAGUUCUUUGGAGAAUACCGUCACCCACCAUGAGAUGCAGGCUAGAAAUAACUCAGGAUUGGGGAAUGCAUCAGCGCCCAGCACAAUAGCAUACAGCGCCGGCAUCCAUGCAUCUCUCCAAACUCCGCCUGUAAUGCGAACAACGCGAGAGAAGUCACCUCAUCGCCAGAUAACCCCUCGUUCACCAACAUCCACGGUCUCAACACGCUUAUUACCCCAAGAACGUCUUGUCAACCUUCCCAUCUACCCAUAUCCUAGCUUCACAUCCAAGCCUUGGUUCAAAGACCAAGUUAUCCUCAUACUCUGUCAGAUCCUUAUGGUGGCCGGCCUCGCACUGUAUGUCCUCUCAGCAUACAGAAAUAUUUUUGGCAUCGCUUCCAUACUGCGGAAUAGGAUCUUUCUCAUCUGGAUUUUGGGCAUUGCACCGCUGGCUUCGCUGCUGCACUUGGCGUUUUGGUAUAUGGCGGCGCUUGUGAUUGGGCGGUGGCGGCGAGCACAGGAUUGGUUGAUUGGGCAAGGGGAUUGUGUGGUUAGAGAGGGAUUGUUGGCUCAGGACAGGAUACCAGAGAGGAUCGAAGUACAGCCAUUCUUAACCGUCCUCAGCAUGGCGCUCGCUACAAAGACGCAGUCGCAGCAGAUAUUCACCAAAUUGAAGGCAAAGCCCGCGAACAAGAUAUGUUUCGACUGCGGCGCGAAGAACCCGACAUGGAGUUCUGUUCCCUUUGGCAUUUAUCUCUGUCUCGAUUGCUCGUCGAACCACCGUAACAUGGGCGUGCAUAUUUCGUUUGUGCGAUCCACCAACCUCGACAUCUGGCAAUGGGAUCAAUUACGAAUCAUGAAAGUGGGCGGAAACGAAAGUGCAACCAAGUACUUCCAGUCACACGGAGGCUCUGCAGCCCUCGCUAGCAAGGACCACAAGGCCAAAUACACCAGCAAUGCCGCCACCAAGUAUAAGGAGGAACUGGCACGGCGGUGCGCUGCAGAUGCUCGACUCUAUCCUGACGAAGUCGUCAUAACAGAUGCCCCAGAUGCGGCAGGCAGCGAGGGUAACAACACCCCAGCUGGCGAAGACGACGAUUUCUUCUCGUCAUGGGACAAGCCUACGAUCAAGCGACCCUCGAAUCCUCCCUCUCGCACCGGUACACCCCGUGUCGGAUCGCCAUUCCUCAAGCCAGGUGCGAACGGCAACGGAACAGAUCGUCCAAAGUCGCCACUCGCAGGGUCUCCCAGCUCUAGCGCACCUACCGCCGUCCCUGCCGCAAAGCCUGCAGCAGUGCGCAAGACGACCGGCGGUGCCGCGCCGAAGAAGAACAUCUUGGGCGCAAAGAAGAAGGGCCUCGGUGCGAAGAAGGUGGUGGCCGACAGCGGGUUGGACUUUGAGGAAGCUGAGCGAAAGGCUCGCGAAGAAGCUGAGCGCAUUGAGAAGUUGGGCUACGAUCCCGAUGCCGAGGCUGCUGAAGCUGCCUCUACAAAGACCAAGGCUUCUGAAGCAUCCACCAUCAUAUCGCCGACACCCAUUUCCCCACCGCGAGGCGGCUUUGGUUCCACAUCCAAGCCUGAGCGUUCCAGUCAGGAUUUGGAGAGACUAGGCAUGGGCGUUGGACGCCUUGGAUUUGGCCAGAUUGGGGCAGGAAAGAAACCUGCCGCACCACAAAAGAAGAUGGGAGGAUUCGGAAGCGUGAGCAAGCCAGUUGAGGAUGACAGCGAGAAAUAUGCGCGAGAGAGGUUCGGUACACAGAAGAGUAUCGGAAGUGAUGAGUUCUUUGGACGAAACGCGUUCGAUCCUUCCGCAACUGCGCAGGCCAAGGAGCGAUUGUCAGGCUUCGAAGGCGCCACAGCCAUCUCAUCCAACGCAUACUUUGGCCGACCAGAAGAAGAUGGCGCAGACGAAGACUACGGUGAUCUGGAGUCUGCUGCAAAGGACUUUGUUCGCAAAUUCGGUCUCACUGCUGGUGAUGACCUUGAGAACCUAUCCAACAUGCUUGGAGAAGGCGCCUCUAGACUGCAAGGUGCCGUCCGAGCCUACCUCAACUCGUAG